ACAGCAGAAGAAGACGCCGGGCUCUAGCGGCAGUGACAGUCGUAGUGGGAGUGUUGUUGUUGGAAAUGACAGAUGUCAGAGCAGAGCAUCCACUCUGACAGGAACCAUGUUUGAAACCUUCAGAGAGAGACUUCACAUGGUCCAGCAGGACUUCACCACCGGUUUAAAGACCCUUGGAGACAAAUCAAGAGACACCAAAGUCAAGCGGAGACCCAGGUUUGAAGAAAGCCCUCCUUGUUUCAGUGCUGGCCUGGAAAUCCUCAGCAGGUAUGAGGAGAAAUGGUUUCUGCUCCAUAAAACAACCAAAGACUGCGCUCAGUCUGCAGAGGCAGUAGAUGGCGACAUAGUGAUGCUCUCAGCUCACUGGGAGAGAAGAAGAACGGCUCUGACACAGUUAGAGGAACAACUGCAAAGCUUGCCAGCCUUUGUCAGUGAACUGGACACCAUCACUGCCAACAUAGCUCAUCUGGAAGGCGACUUUGAGGAGAUGGAGAGCAGACUGAUCUACCUGGAGACCCUGUGUUGUCAGUGUGAACAACAGACACAGAAACAGCAUCACUUCAACCAGCUGGAAGUUUAUAAGAAGAAGAAGAGGAAGGAGCUGGAGGCUCUGGAAGUGGAACUAAACUCUGAACACGCUCACAAAGUGGCAGAGGUGGAGCAGGCCGUGCAACAGAAACUACGAGAACGACAGAAAGUUUAUGAAGAAGCUUUUAACCAAGACAUGAAGCAGUACCUGUCCACUGGACACCUGCAGCACAGAGAAUCAGCAGGAGCCGAUGUGAGUGUUCUGGAUCACAUGACACUGACUAACGCGUCAGACCAGGAAGCUUUGGAUGACUUUCUUAACUCCUGCAGCGAUGACAUCAGCACCGGAUCAUCACUUACCUCAGGUCCAGACCUGGAGUCUUUCUCCUCUGAAUCCUCGAGAAGCCAAACAGAAAAAGUGCUUCCCGCAGACGAGCAAAGAUCCAACCAGCGAGAGGAGGAAGUGGCCAGCGAGGAGAGCGAUGAACCUCUGGUGCAGUCGGAUGAAGAGGACAUUCAGCCUGACACGUCACUGGUUGGCCUGCAGGAUGUUGGGAGGAGCUCUGACGACAGUGACUCCACGGGGGAUCUCCCCUCUGGGUAACCUAGCAACAAGGCUAUUGACGCUUGAUGAAUACUGGGACGCUAUGUUCACCCUCUGAUGUUGCCAGACUUUUUUUUCAUUUAAGAUAGAAAACGCUGAAUAUUUCUAUGGUAGUGAUGCUACAUAAAACGGAUUAGUGUGACCGUUGAUAGAAAAGCUUCAUGAGUGAAGGAACAAAGUCACAGUCAGAGCUCGACGUGCCGGCCAGGAUAUGAUAUUUAUCCCUAGGGGUCAGAGGUCAUUUAAGUUGUCCCAGACUACAUCCAUACUACUUCUUCUUCUAUUGUGCUCCACAUACACAUACUUUCUACACUACCCCAGUAUUUUAGAGCCCCUGAAACAAGUUUAGAAAGCACUUCAGAAAGCUCAGUCAGUUUCUCAACAGUCUAAUCAAAACAAAUACCUGCACUUACUUUUUUUUUACCAUUGUUUUUUUCUCAUUUGUAAUACUUUCUGAAACUAAGCGAGGGGGCGUGUUUAUAUGGACGCAGAUUACUGCUGAUGUGGAGAUGCAGCAUUUGUAUUGCUGUUGACUGUCUCCACAUAAAUAUUCUCAAAUGACAAUGGGCCGACAUGCAGG